AAUGCCAACUCUAGUCCAACUGCUGGCCUCAUCUUCUGCCACUAAUGCUGAGAACACGAUUCUUUUGCUAAUGAGGUGCAGACAGUUCCAAAUUGAUGGCUCUGAGGCCUGUCUCCAAAUGUUGCCACUUGUAUUUUCUCAGGACAAAUCUAUCUAUGUAGCUGUUGAGGAUGCAUUCAUCAGAAUUUAUCUGAGGAGAAACCCUACAGAAACUGCUGCAAAUAUAUUGAACCUUGCUAUAGAAUCUAGUAUCGGUGAUCUAGCAGCUCUAGAAUUUACAGUUAGUUCCUUGGUAUCUAACGGGGAUAUUUCUACAAGCAUGGUAUGUUUAUUCGAUUGUCAUGAUUUCAGCUUCUUUGCAUUCAAGCAUUUUGUUAGAUUUACUAAGAGAGCAAUGAAGCUUGUUGGUUUCCAUCAUAUUCAUCAGGGUUUUAAUUCUUCUAUGAGGAAUUGUUUUCAUAAUCAGAUUUGUCUAAUCAACACUCUUCAUUUUCUUGAAAAUUUUCUCAAUAGCUUGCUUCUUUCUGCAUACUGAGCAAAAAUUCAUUGUGUGAAGAGAUAGGGCCUUCUAAUUCUAACUGGCUGUGAUGCUUGUGUAUAGGUCCGCAUUGUGAGAGCAGAGAAGUGCCUGAAUGAGAUAGUGAAU